AAGAAGUGUGCCAAAAUCUAGAUGGAAAAGUUGCAGCUUCCAGGUGGCAAAUGGACCUGAACACGGCGACACCUCGCGACCUGCAGCAAUUGCCCGGUGUGGGUAGCGUGACAGCGCGAUUAAUCGUCGAGGCACGUCCCUUCUCCUCUGUCGAGGAUCUACUACGAGUGAAAGGCAUUGGUCCCGUCAAAUUCGUAGCCAUCACAGCUGAAAAUCAGGUUUACGUGGACGAAAAGCCAAAAGCCGAAGCAAACGCUAAAUUCACUGCCACUUCCACUAAAAUCGACCUGAACACUGCAUCCAAGAGACAAUUACAGCAGCUUAAGGGAGUGGGCCCGGUACUAGCCCAACGGAUCGUCGAUGCCAGGCCGUUCCAUCGUAAAGAAGAUCUCUUGGCCGUGAAAGGUAUUGGAACAAAAUCUUACGUGAAAAUACAAGCAGGGGCAUAUGUGAGAGCAAGUUCUGAUUCCCUCGAUGAAGAAGAGACUGGGGGCGACGACAGUGAAGACAGUGGAGAAGAAAGGGUCAAAAGUGAUGAAACCUUCCACAUUUGUCGAGAGAUUGAGAGCGACAUCCGUGAAAAUAUUUUCCCAAUGUGGAAUCACAAUAAUGGUGACAACCGCGCCUUAAUUGUGGCAAGUUGGAACAUCCGCAAUAUUUCACGUCGAAAAGAAGUGUUUUUACUGCAACGAAUUGCCGAUACUUUGGACGAGUUCGACAUCGUCGCACUGCAGGAGGUGAGGGAUUUGAUUGUGCUAAAAAGACUGAAGACGAUGUUGCCUGGUUGGGACUAUGUAGUGUCCGAGCCGGUGGGGCGCAAGUCACCGGGAACCAAGAAAAGGGUCGAACGCUACGCUUUCUUUUACAGACGUAGCGUUGUUCGGCUUGUUGAGAAGUGCUGGCUGCUCGAAGGCAGCAGCGAAGUGUUUACGCGGUUACCGUGUGUUGCUAUUUUUCGAUCGAAAAAAGAAUCGGGAUUGCCAAAGCUGGAGCUUGCACUGAUGAAUGUGCACGUUUCUUUUGGCGAAAAAGAGAGUCGUCACGCUGAGAUUGUUGAGAUUAAUCGGUUGGCAAAUGAGUUGAGUGCAUCUGUACCGAACAAACGGAAGGUAUUGGUACUGGGAGACUUCAAUUUGUCACCGCAGGAUGUGCUUGGUAGCCUCGGAUCACACAAAAUGGCACUGAUUCGCUCACCUCUUUCGACUACAGUGUUCGGUAAACUCUACGACAACAUUUGGCUUAAUCCUGCAGACUUCAGUAGCAACGUCGAUCGUAAGCACAAAUAUUCCGUGGACAGCGGAGUGCUUCGCGUUGAUUGGCGAUACUAUCCUCCUUCAAAGAGUACUCGUCUUUCCGCGCAGAACCCGAUGGACACGAUGAUCCCUCGACUUCAGACGUAUAUGUCGCGCGUACAAUGCGGCUACGAACUCUCAGAUCAUUGCCCCGUUUGGGUUGCGUUCGCUGCAGCAACCCAGCGCAGUGGCAUGGAUAACUAACAACUAGGAUAAUUUCCAGAACAGAUGAGUAGGAUGCGAGCUUGAAAACCGUAGCGCUCCAGCUGGCACAGCUGUGGUGUACUACCAGACAGAGUCCAACAUCUGUCGUGUUGUAGUUUCGUGUUCGAACCAAAAGAAACAAAUUUAUAUAAGCGCUGAUGUGAUAAUGGCUUUGCUGCAAUCUACUAACUACCUCAAGUAAAUUUUCUACAUGACCUUCGUGUCUCGGUCCGGGUACUCUCCUGCUGCGAUU